AUGGCUCUGCUGCUGCUGGGGCUGCUGGGCCUCUGCGGCCUGCUGGGCCUCUGGAGCUGGCUGCGCGCCUGGGCCAGGGGCCCAACUCCUACUCCGUGCUGGCCCCCAGGGCCGCGCCCGCUGCCCCUCAUCGGCAACCUGCACUUGCUACGUGUGACCCAGCAGGACCGCUCACUGAUGGAGCUCGCAGAGCGCUACGGACCCGUGUUCACUGUCCACCUGGGGCUCCAGAAGACAGUGGUGCUGACCGGUUAUGAAGCGGUGAGGGAGGCCCUGCUAGGCACCGGGCAGCAGCUGGCCGGCCGGCCCCCCAUUCCCAUCUUCCACCUCAUCCAGCGAGGAGGGGGCAUCUUCUUUGCAUCUGGGCCACGCUGGAAGGCUGCCCGCCAGUUCACGGUGCGCACCCUGCAUGGCCUGGGCGUGGGCCGGGGGCCGGUGGCCGGCAAGGUGCUGCAGGAGCUGAGGUGCCUGCAGGACGAGCUGGACAGCUACAGAGGCCAGCCCUUCCCCCUGGCCCUGCUUGGCUGGGCCCCUUCCAACGUCACCUUCACGCUGCUCUUUGGCCAGCGGUUCCACUACCAGGACCCUGUGUUCCUGUCCUUGCUGGGCCUCAUUGACGAGGUCAUGGUCCUGCUGGGUUCCCCCGGCUUACAGCUGUUCAACCUCUACCCCGGGCUGGGUGCGCUGCUACAGCUGCACCGGCCGGUCCUGAGCAAGAUCGAGCAGGUCCGUGACAUCCUGAGGACCCUGCUGGAGGCUCAGCGGGCCUCUGGGCCUGGGGCAGGCCCUGCCCACGGCUACGUGGACGCGCUGAUGCGGCAGGCACAGAGGGAUGACUCCCAGGGUCUGUUUGCUGAGGACAACGCUGUGGCAUGCACGCUGGACAUGAUCAUGGCUGGCACGGAGACCACCUCAGCCACGCUGCAGUGGGCAAUCCUGCUGAUGGCCCAGCACCAGGGCGUGCAGGGCCGGGUGCAAGAGGAGCUGGACCACGUGCUGGGGCCAGGGCAGCAGCUCCGCCCAGAACACCAGGCGGCACUGCCCUACACCAAUGCGGUGCUCCAUGAGGUACAGCGCUACAUCACGCUGCUGCCGCACGUGCCCCGUUGCACGGUUGCCGACACCCGGCUGGGCGGCUACCUGCUGCCCAAGGGCACACCUGUGAUCCCCCUACUCACCUCGGUGCUACUGGACAAGACCCAGUGGAAGACCCCGGGCCAGUUCAACCCUGACCACUUUCUGGAUGUACAUGGGCGCUUUGUGCAACCCGCUGCCUUCUUGCCUUUCUCCGCAGGCCGCCGUGUGUGCGUCGGGGAGCGCCUGGCCAGGACCGAGCUGUUUCUGCUUUUCGCCGGCCUCCUGUGGAGGUACCGCCUGCUGCCCCCGCCAGGCACCAGCCCUGCCACCCUGCACACGGAGCCUGCCCGGGCCUUCACAAUGCGUCCGCGGGCCCAGGCCCUGUGUGCGGUGCUCAGGCCCUAG